AUGUCAACACCAUUUGGCCUCGACGUCGUCAAUCAAGCCCCACAAGGCACCAAACUAUGGCUCCUCCACUGCGGUAACAUCGAAGCAGACGAGGGCUGGUUCAUGAGAGGCGGUGGUACUUCGACUGCUUCCAAUCCCAACCCCGGCGUUACUCGACGAAAGGGUGUUAUCAUUUCGGUCUUGAUCGAGCAUCCGACUGAGGGUUUGUUGCUCUUCGAGACUGGUGGCGGCGAAAACUAUCCAGAGGUUUGGGGGGCGCCGUUGAAUGACAUCUUCGCGAGGGUGGAUUAUACAUCCGACCACGAGCUCACUGAGCAAAUCAAGAAGACUGGCCAUGAUAUCAAAGACAUCAAGGCCGUAAUAAUGGGCCACUUGCACCUCGACCAUGCAGGUGGUCUCGAGAACUUCAAGGGGACCACUGUGCCGAUCUACUGCCACGAGAAGGAGAUAAAGCACGCUUUCUACUCCGUCGCUACCAAGACUGAUAUCGGGGUCUACCUACCCAAGGACUUGGACAUGAACCUCAACUGGAAAGCCUGGCACGGAUCGUUCUUAGAGCUGGCGCCUGGGAUUAAUCUGCGACACUCGCCCGGUCAUACACCCGGUCUUGCGAUCAUGCAGGUGAAUCUGAAGGAGAGUGGGACGUGGAUCUUCACCACUGAUCAGUACCACGUCAAGGAAAAUUACGAGAGCGACGUACCGCAAGGAUGGUUGGCUAGGGACCAUGAUGACUGGGUCCAAAGCAAUCAAAUGAUCAAGGGCCUUGCAAAGCGCACGAACGCCACCGUCAUCCUUGGUCACUGUGCGGACACUUUCUUCCAGUAUAAGACUGCACCUUAUGCAUACAGCUGA